AUGAUGUCAUCGCAAUACGAGCCAUAUCUUACUGAACCAUUAAAAGCAUCAUAUCUUAUUCGUGAAGGACAACCUGUUAAACUUUCAUGUCGUUUUAAUGCUAAUCCAGCAGGUGAUGUUCAAUGGUUAAAAGAUGGAAAACCAAUUGAUUUUGCUGCUCUUGGUAUUUCACGAGAUUUUAAGGUUGUCAAAGAAGUUGAUUAUACAGCUUUAUUAAUCAAAGAAUCCUUUCCGGAAGAUACAGGCUCGUAUACAGUCAUAAUUAGUAAUCCAUUAGGUGAAGCACGUUCAUUUGCACAAUUAACUGUUGAAGGAUUUUUUUGUCGAACACCUGAAUCGGAAAUGUCCGAUACACCAUGUAAACCAGUUUUCGUUCAACCACUUCGUGAUAUAACGAUAAUUGAAGGACAAAAAUUAAAACUACAUGCUGCAAUAAAUGCUCAUCCUGAACCAGAAAUUAUUUGGUAUUGUAAUAGUAUUCCAUUAAAAAAUACACGUGAUGUAAUAUUAACAUUUGAUGGACAAUUAUGUACCUUAGUAAAAGAUCAAUGUGAAAAAGAAAAUGAUAGUGGAUUAUAUCGAAUACAAGCUGUCAAUUCAGUUGGACAAGCUGAAUCGGUUUGUCAAGUUACCAUAGAAUCUAAAGAUACACUAUUAUUUCCUGAACGUGUACAACCAAUGCGUUCAUCACCAAUUAUUCUUCAAUCAUUAGAAAAUAAAAUUGUUCAUGAAGGUGAACGUAUUAUUUUUCAAGUACGUAUUAGUGGACAACCUAAACCACAAAUUAUUUGGUAUAAAGAUAAUCAACCACUAAGAAAUACACAUGAUCAUAAAAUUCGUAAUCAAGAUGAUAUAUAUACACUUGAAAUACCUGAAUUAUUUAUGGAUGAUGCUGGUUCUUAUAUGGUUAAAGCAAUAAAUAUUGAAGGUGAAGCUAAAUGUGAAUGUUUAUUAAAUAUUUUGCCUUCAAUUAAUAAUAUUCCAAUGAAUAAUGAACAAAUAAAUAUUCAACCAAAUGGUUUUCCACCUGAAUUUCUACAAUUAUUUACUGAUCGACAAACAGUAAUUAAUUCAAUAAUUAAAUUUGAAGCACGAAUAAAUGGUACACAACCAUUAAAUGUUUAUUGGUUAUUUAAUGGAACACCAAUAUCUAAUAUACAACAUGAUCAACGUUAUCAACAACAAAAUUUUAAUGAUACUUAUUCAUUAACAAUCUUUGAUGUUCAUUAUGAAGAUGCUGGACGAUAUACAUUAAAUGUUGAAAAUGCUUGGGGAAAGGCGACAUGUACAGCUGAAUUAUUUGUUCCACCGAGUACAAUACCAGGUAAAAGAAAUUGUUUUGUUUUUUGGCGGAGGGGACGGACUAAUAAAUUUUAUACUUGUCUCUGUGUAUCUUCAUCAGAAGGUACUGAAAAAAAUAGCAAUAUGUUGUCCAAUUUACUAGUCGAAAUGUCACCUUCACCACCAUUACCUCGAAAACGACAUAUUGAAACUUUUCAACAACAACAACAACAACAACAACAACAACAACAAACAUCAUCAACAAAUACACGUUCAUAUGAACAAGAAUAUGAACAACGACAACAAUCAUCAUUUAUAUCAUCAAAUACAAAUAAACGUUAUCGUCCAUUACGAUCUUCACUUGAACGAACACAUUCAUUAACACGUGAAGAUGAAUGUCGUCGACGACAAUAUCCAAAAUCAAUUGAUGUUUUUAUUCCCUAUGAUGUACUUGAAAAAGAACGUAGUCAACAUCAACAAGGUGCAAAAUCAUCAACAAUGACACGAAGUUAUGAAUAUGAAAUUGAAGAACGACGACGUUCAUCAUCAGCAAGUGCUAAACAACAACGUAAAGUUGAUAUUGAUGAAGAACGUGAAUAUUUACGUUGUUUACGUGAUUUAACAAAUGAAUAUGAAAAAACUAAACGACAAAGAAAAUCAUGUGAUGAUCGAAAAAAAAAAACGACUGUUGAUACACAAGAAGAAUAUGAAAGUAUUGAAGAAAUUUAUCAUCAACGUCCUACAACAAGAACAGCAACAACAACCGAAGAAAUUAUGCAACGAUCAACAUAUCGAAUGCCAACAACAACAACAGCAGCAACAACAACAACAUCAUCAUCAAUGAAUCGUUUAAAUCAAUUUGAAAAACAAUUUAUUGAUAAUUUUUCUGUUCGACCACAUCAAGAACAACAAUCAACAAUGUCAUAUUCAACACGUCAAGAUGGUAUACAACGUUUAACAACAGCACAACGUUCAUUUUCAGAAGAAUUACUUUAUAAACGUUUAAUACCAACAGCUAAACAAUUAUAUACAACAACACCAUCAGCAACAACAAGUGAAGCUGGUUUUGCUACAAGUGAAGAUGAUUUAACAACAAUGGAAUAUCGUCUUAAACGUAAAGAACGUUUAAAACCUAUACGUAUUUAUUCAUCAACAAGUUCAAUACCAGGUGAAACAAGUAUUAAAUAUGUUCGUACAGAACGUCAACCUGUUGAACUUCUUGUACCAAAACCACAAAUAUUAACAACACAAGGUGAACAUUCAACAACAGUUGUUAAAGAUGUUCGACGUUCAACAGGUAAAAUAACAACAAAUAUACAACAAACACAUCAACGAACAACAAUUGAAGGCGAACAUGAAUUACGUGUUAUUAAAGAACCUAUAACAUCAGGUCAAACACGACCAGUUGAAUUUACAAUACCAAAACCAAUUGAAAUAGUACCAGCUGAACAUUCAACAACAUUUGUUGUUGAAUCAAAAAAAGGUGGUCGUUAUCAAACACUUGAUAUAAGUAGUGCAUUAACACGUGAACAUACACUUGAAGGUGAACAUGAAUUACGUGUUAUAUCAGAACCUAUAUCAUCUGGUUUACAUAAUAAACCAGUAGAAUUAUUAUUUCCUAAACCACCUAUUCCACCACCACCAAGUCAUCAUUCAUCAACAAUUGUUAAACAAACUCGUGCACCACCAUCAAGUAUUACUAUUGAUAAUAUUCAAACAACAUUAAAAGGUGAACAUGAAUUACGUUUAGUUGAUAAACCAAUUCAAUCAGGUGCACUUGAUAGUGUAGAAUUAAUUGUACCAAAAAGUGUAACUGAAACAGCUGAACAUACAACAACAAUUGUAACAGAAACACAACCACAUAGACGUGUUUUAGAAAUAACUGGUAGUGGAAAAAAAAUGGAAAGUGAACAUGAAACAAAAUUUUAUCGUGAUGCUGUUCGUAUUGAAGAAGAAAUUGAAGUUAAAUUACCUAAACAACAAGUUGAACGUCCAGAACAUACAACAACAAUUGUUAAACAUAGUCGAGGUAAAGGACCAAUUAUUGAAGUUGAUACAACACACCGAACAAUUGAAGGUGAACAUGAAACUAAAAUUAUUGAAGAAUCUAUUGAAGCUAGAGCUGAUACAAUGCAAUUAUUAGUUGCUAAACCACAAGUAUCAGCAGAACAUAGUACAACUGUUGUUAAAGAACAACGUGGAAAACCAUACAUAUAUGCUAUUGAUAAGACAAAACCAAUACCUGGUGAACAUGAAACAAAAUAUUAUGGAAAACCAAUUGAAGCAUUUGGUGAAAUGCAAGUUUUAUUUCCUAAAAAACAACCUGUUAUAGGUCCACUCGAAGGUGAACAUAUGUCAACAUUAGUUAAACAAGUUCAUGCAAGAGAAGUUGUUUAUGAUGAUCGUCUUCGUGAAAUUCCUGGUGAACAUCUAUUAACAGUUGUUGAAAGUUCAAGUACAAAAAUGGAAAAAGGUGCUGAAAGUGAAGUUGAAUUUAUUGUACCUAAACCACAAGUAAAACGUAUUGAAGAACAUUCAACAACUGUUGUAAAGAAACUUUCACAUCGUCCAAUAAGUUCAAGUGAUUAUGAUGAAGUAUUUGCUUCAUCAGCUGGUGAAGAAGAAACACUUCGUCGAAAACGUUAUCAAUAUCAAGAAGAAGAGGAAAGUGGUUGGACAAGUGCUGGUGAACAUACAACAACAUAUGUUAAACAAGCACGAGCUAAAUUUGAACCAGUUGAACUUGUUGUUGAUAAACCAAAAAUAAUGCCAAGUAUAUCAAAAUUAAUAGCUGAUAUACAAGCACCAACACAAAUAACAUCAAUUAAACCGACAACAAUAGUUAUACCAGAAGAUAGUUCAGUUAAAUUAGAUAUGGAAUUAAAUAGGCAAAGUUUACAAGAACAAUAUGAUGAAAUGGAAUUAGUUUUCGAAAAACCACUUAUACGUGAUAGUUCAACAAAAUUAAUUGCAAGUAUUCAACCUGGUUUAGAAUUAAAAUCAUUUCGACCAACAACAGAUAUGCAACAACAAAUCAAAACAACAGAAGAAAGUAGUUCAUCAUUAACAAUGCAUAUGCAACAAGAACAAGAAGAAGCAUUAGAACUUCGUAUACGUAAACCACAUAUACAAGAUAGUUCAAGUGUUCUUAUAGCUAAUAUUCAACCUGAAUUAGGUAUACAAGGACAAUUAAAAGCAAGUCCUUAUGUUCCACCACCAAUUCAAGAAUCAAGUACAGCAUUAACAAUGGAAUUAAAUGCUGAACAACCAACAGCACCAUUUGAAUUAAUUAUACCACGUAUUGGUAUUGAAUCAUCAACAAGUACAGUUCUUGCACAAGUUGCACCAGCUAUGGCUGGUAUACGUGCUAAAAUUGAUGCACCACCAACAGAAAAAUCAUCAUCAAAAUUUGUUCUUGAACAAAGAAAACGUUUAGAUGAAGAAGUUGAAUUAGUUAUGCCUAAACCAAAACGUAUUGAAACAAGUACAUCAACAAUGAUAGCUGAUGUUGCAGCUAAACUUGAAACAAAAGAAAUACGUGCAAGUGAAGUUAAACCUGAAAGAUCAACAUCAACAUUUUAUUUAGAUGAUACAGUACAAAAUGUUAUACCACAACCAGUUGAAAUACGUAUGAGACAACCAAUUAUAGGUGAAAGUUCAACAACAGUACUUGCUAAUGUUAAAGCAACAUUAGAUACACAACAAAUAAAAGUACUUGGAAAUCCAUAUCAAGCAAUGGAAGAAAGUUCAUCUGCACUUAUACUUGAUACUGUAUCACAACAAAUUCAACCAUCUGAAGUUGAACUUAUACUUCCACGUCCACAAAUACAAGAUAGUACAUCAGUUGUUUUAGCUGAUGUUCGUCAAACACUUGAUACAUCACAAACACAUGUUGUUAUUCCACCACCUAUACAAUAUCCUGUUAAAUCGAGUAGUGAACUUAUUUUACAACAUGAUGAUGUUAAAGCAGCACCUGUAGAAUUACAUUUACAUCGACAACCAAGUUCACAUACAAUUGUGGCUAAAUUAGAUGAUAAACGAACAAAAACUAAAGAUAUGUAUAUUUUAAGUACGGGUAGUACUCAAGAUCAAUAUGGUUAUGAAAUACGAGAUAGUUCAUCAACAUUAUAUACAGAUUUAAAUCGACCAACAGAAUAUACAUACGAUAUUGAUAAUCGUCGAAAAUCAUCAAUGUCUGAACAACAACGACAAGAAUAUAGUUCAAAAAUGACAGCUAGAGAACGAAUGACUACGACAACUGGUACCAAUGUUGGAGUUUCAGAAAACAGUUCAACACUGAUUACUGAAAUUGAACCACGUCAAUUAGAACCAGUUGAGUUUAUUGUUUCGGGUAGUUUAACUGGAGCUAAUAAUACAUUAGAACAAUAUUCAGCAAGUGGUACUAGAAGCUUAAGAACAGCAACUAAACAAACAGUACAAACAACAGAUAAUGUUAAAUAUAAUGAAAGAACAAAUAUUAGUUCAAGUCAAAAUUAUCCACCAUAUUUUAUUGUUUCUUUACAUGAUCAAACAGUUCGAGAAGGAGAAUCUGUACUUUUUGAAGUUAUUAUAUCUGCUUUACCAUUAGCAGAAAUUAUAUGGGAUAAAGAUGGUGAUGUAAUUAGUAUUGAUUCAGCAUUUCGUAUUGACUAUUAUAGUGAUGGACGAGCAACACUUUAUAUACCAGAAACAUUUUUGGAUGAUCAAGGUUAUUAUACAUGUACAGCAAAAAAUUCAUUUGGAACAUGUCGUACAACAGCACGUCUUAUUAUUAAAGCAACGCAUGAACGAAUAUCACCAACACGUCGUCAAUUAAAUACCUCAUCGGUAUCUUCGACUUUUCAAUAUGAACGACCAAUGGGUUCAGCAAAACAAUCAUCAGCAUCUUAUAGAGUUUAUUCACAAUCAGACCCAUCAGUAUUAUCUUAUAAAGUAAGUCCAUCGCAAGUUGUAACACAAAUUACUGAAGAAACAGAAGUUAUACAAAUACCUUCACAACAAUCGCAACAUGACCAACAUAGUGAAAUAACAUAUACAGUUCAAGGAAAAAAACCAAAAUUUGAACCAGUUUCAUUUUUGGUUUCAGCUGCUAAAGAAAAUAUUCAACCAUCAAUAAUAAGAACAACAAAUACUGAUAAUGAUCCAAAUCCAUUUAAAAUUUUUGGUGCUAAAUUACGUAGUCGACCAAAUCAUGGCAUUGUUCCAUCAUAUGAUGAUCAAACUACAACAAAUUAUACUCAACAAACAAGUUCGUCAGCUCGUUCUCAAUAUCAUCAAUCUACAUCUUAA